AUGAACAAAUCCGCAAAAAAGAAGGGUCUCUCCAUGGAAGAAAAGGUGUCGCGUAUUGAAACUUGGUUUGUUAACAAUCCGUCGCCUUACACGUUGAAAGAUUUAAUUCAAAUUCUACCCAAGGCGACGGGCGUGAUCCCACAGUCCGUGGAAGAGUGCAUGGAAAUCCUUGUCUCGGAAAAUCGUGUGCGGCAGAAGAAAGUGGGUGUUCAUGUUCUUUUUUGGCGUUUUCCCCAAACUGCUACCCAACGGUUGGCCGGCUCUAUGGGAGAGAAAACAACAACCACAGAAUUAGCCAAAUACCUUAGUAUGUCAGAAGAUGAGCUUCGGACGGAACUUCAAACUUUGAAGAAGACAGAGAAAGAUAUUCGUCAGCGGAUAAAAGAGACUCAGGCAUCCAUUGGGGAUGACAACGCUGUUCAAAAGGAUGCAGAGCAAAUACGAAGUCUUCAGGGUGAAGUCAAGAUACUGGAAGAGCAACUCAAUCAACUUGCCCUGUUGGAUCCAGCAUUCGUUGAAAAACUGAAGGCCGCAACAGUGGUAGCGUGGGAAUCUGCCAACCGCUGGACAGACAACAUGUACUUACUUGAGCAGCAUAUCUCACGGAAGAUGGGGAUGAGUGCACGGGAGCUGCGUGCUCAGCUGCAGCUUCCUCUAGAGGUGGAAUACAUUGAGUAUGAUGAGCUUCUGCCGUCAGCAACGAGUGGGGGUAAAUCAGCAUGUACAUCUUCAGGAAAUUCUUGUGCGUCACCUCUAAUCUGCACCGUCGAUGCCACUCACGGGGGAGGCAACAGUCAAGAAGUACCGGCAGCAUUCCACAUUGAGGAAGGCCACACCCAAAAUAUCAAUGAGGAAGCGGGGGAAGCAUUAACUGAAGGUGGAUGUGAUGUGAAACCUCAUGAAGACGUUGAGAAUGAAACCUCUAACACCUUAAGGAAGGAGAGGGAUGGAAAGAAGCGUGGCAGGGGGAGACCUCCACUGGAGAAUGCUAAGAAAGAUGACAAUAUGGUUAAUGCUCCCUCAGUUAAAAAGAAAAAGAAUGAAAAGGACAGACCACCUGCUGCGAGUAAUACUGAUGCACUCACGCCGGCCAGACAACGGCGUUGCCGAAGGUAA